AACAAGUUUAAUUAAGAUACAUACGUUUCGCAAGCUAACAACAUUCCUUGUUUUAAAAAUCGAAAUGAUUUUCUCCCACUUCGUAAGUGACGAUAGCAGCAGUGAUGAAGAAACAACGGUUGAUCUGGCAAAACAGCGCCGACUGCUUCGAAGUGUUUUCGACCCGUUACAGCUUUCUAACCAAGCAUUUAAGAAAAAUUUUCGUGUAUCGAAGGAAAUUUUCCUUGACAUUCUGGCGGAGAUCGAGCCCAAGUUCCCACCGGUUAAGGGAAAGGGGCUUAAGCCAAAUGAAAUUUUGGCUGCUGCUCUGCGAUUUCUAGCUGAAGGCAGCUACCAAAAUGGAACCGGUAAUGAUUACAAAAUAGCUAUUGCCCAGCCUACUUUCUCGGUAGCCUUUGCAAAAUGGUUGAACAUUAUCGAAGAAACUCUUGGGAACAAAUGGAUCUCUUUAGCGAUGGAACCAAAUGAGCAACAAGAUGCACGACGAUACUUCUUCUCAAAAAGUGGCAUUCCUGGUAUAGUGAUGUGUGUUGAUGGUACACACAUAAAAAUUAUUGCACCUGUGGACGAUUACGAUCAGCAUUAUAACCGGAAGGGCUAUUACAGCCUAAACGCGAUGAUUAUUUGCGACCAUCUCAUGAAAAUUCGGUAUGUGAAUGCCAAAUUCGGAGGAGCCAAUCACGAUUCACAUAUUUGGAAUGUAAGUGGAAUGGACAAUUUUUUCGAAACAAAACAUCGAAGCGGAGAAACUGCAUUCAAGGUGAUGCUGGAUACCCUUCAAAACCAUGGUUAAUAACACCAAAACGUACUCCUGGUCCAAACACACCAGAAACUGCCUUUAAUAAAAACCAUUCUUUAGGUAGAGAAAUAGUGGAGCGCACGAUCGGGUUGCUAAAAAUAGAUUUAAGUGUUUGUUAGGUGCUCGACAGUUGCACUACACCUCGUUAAAAGCAACUCAAAUAACGAA